AUGUCAUAUAAGAAUUAUGAAAAUAACAAGAUAAAUAAUACGUCCUUUAUUGUAGAUGAAGAAAGAUCAGAUAGAAAUGAGAAAAAGAUAAAGGACAAUAUUUUACUUAUAAAGAAGAAUAUGAUAUAUGCAGAAGAAAAUUUAGAAAAUUUAAAAAAUAAUUUAAUAUCAAAGAGAAUUAUUGAAGCAUUACAUGAAGAAAUACAACAAAUAUAUGUAAAAGUAGUAGAGACAGAACAUUUAUUUAGAGAGUGGGAAAUACGUUUUGCUGAGAAUCCAUUUGAAAAACAAAAGAAGAAAUAUAUAUUUGAGAAAUUAAAUAUUCAUUUUAAAAAUGAAGUAAAUAAAUUAGAAAACAUAUCAAUAAAUGUCAAAAAGGCAGCUAAUGAAUUACCAAAUAUAGAAAAUGGUGAAAUGAAUUAUAAUAAUAAUAAUAAUAAUAUGAAUGGUUUAUUAAAUAAUAAAAAAAAAGGAAAUCAUAAAUUUAUAUCAAGUGAUGAUACAAUAAUAAAUAAUAAUUUUGUUCUAGAUCUAGAUAAAACAUAUGUAAAUAAUGAUGAUUUUAUUGAAUCAUCUACUUUAUAUGAUUAUGAAUUUGAUCAAUGUAGUGAAAACGAUUUAUUAAUAGAAAAUGAAAUAAUUAAUGAUAAAUAUGAAGGCAUAAAAAAAAUACAAGGACAAGUUGCUCAAGCACAAGAAGUUUUUAAAGAUCUAGCUAAUCUUGUAUUCACACAAAAAGAAAAUAUUGAAAUGCUAAAUAAUAAUCUAUAUGACACUAAAGUAAAUACAUUUAAAAGUGCAAAAGAAUUAAAAAAAACUUAUGAUAAUGUAAAACAACAAAGAUUCUCAUGGUUUCUAGCUGUUGUGACAUUGAUAAUAUUUAUUUAUUUUUUAUAUUUCAAAAUAUUUCACUUUUCUCUAUUCUCAUGA